AUGCACAUGGAUUUCGUUUCAACAUUAGUUGUAACUAAAUGUUAUCAACUUCUUGCAUACCUAUACGUGCACACACCUACACAUACACCUACACACAUCUACACAUACCACAUACACACACCUAUACACACCUACGCACACCACAUACACACACCUGCACAUACACCUACACACGCCUACACACAUCUCUACACACACCUACGCACACCACAUACACACGCCUACACACACGCAUGCAUAUCGGCAAGAGGCAUGUAUUCGUUGAAUGAUUGCAUUACAAAGGGAAUCAUCCCACAAGGUGUUAUCAUUAUUGACGGAAAAGCGUAA